ACAAAAGAAGACACAAACAUGAAGAAACUCAGUGUUGCAACCAAAUUAACACACAUCGUGUGUGCAAUAACAAUACCUGUCCACAGUCACACACACCAACCCAAUUGAUUCCGACCUUAAAUACUCAAAAAACCACCACUUUCUCUCAAAACAAAGAAGAAAUUCUCCAAGAAAAAAUGGCUUCUUCUACUCUCUUCAUCACUCUCUUAAUCAGCUUGUCUCUAACAUUUCUCCAAGUGGUUCUCGCUCAAGUCCCAGGCACCACAGCUACAUGUGCCUCCAUGCUUCUUUCCUUGGCUCCAUGUGGUCCAUUCGUGCAAGGCUUUGUCCAGCUUCCGGCUCAACCUUGCUGUGACGGCUUAAACCAGGUCUAUAGCCAAGACCCAACUUGUCUCUGUCUCCUCCUCAACAACACUUCGACUUUGUCCCCAGCUUUUCCAAUCAAUCAAACUCUUGCUCUACAAUUGCCUCCGCUUUGCAACAUGCCAGCCAGUUCAUCCUCUUGCUCAUCCUCCCCUGGUACGUAGAUUUCUUUGCACAAUUCGGUAUGUGGGAUCAGAACUGUGUGGGAUUCAAGUGAAACUUAUGAGAAACAUUUUUGGUUUAUAGGAGGAGAGGCGCCUAGUGAUUCCUCCUCUGUUGCUCCACCACCUUCUAGCUCAACCGGUUCCCAGGUCUCUCUAGGUGCAAAGAACAGCUCUGGCGUUGCGGGUAAGCUUUUCGUUAUCUGCUAAAACCAAAAUGAGAACAGUUGACAUCUCUCAAUAAGAGUGUUACUGACUUUGUUCACUUUAUCAGCGACUCCAGUGGCUCAAGUGGCACCAAGACCAACCAGCUUUAUGGGAUUAGGUUACGGUUUGAGAUCCUCUGGCUC